AUGCCUGCCAGGCGGAUUCCAAAGGUCGAGGCACUGGUUGUAAACGCUAUACGUAGACUGCAAGAUGUGCAAGGCUCGACGUCGCGAGAAAUUAGCAACUAUAUUUCCCAGGAGUACGAUCUUCCUAGGAAGGAGAUCAGACGGCAUGUUCAACUCGCUUUACAACGCGGUUUAGCCUACGGAAUCCUGCUGAAGUCCGCGAGAGGAUAUUAUUCGUGCAAUCGCGACUACCUCGGACAGCUAUCAUUGAGGGAUGGAAUGGGUGAUGGGGUGAUGGAACCUUGUCCAAGUCAACCUUGGCGAUUCGGCGUACGUGCCAGAAAGAGAAGAAGAAGGCAAGCAAGGUUAGCAGCAAGGAGAAGGAGAGCAAGAGAGAGGAGAGAAAAAGCAAGAAGGAGACGCAGAAGGACACGCGGCAGACGGAGGAGAGGCAGAUCUCGAAGAGGUCGAAGGAGGAGCCGCAGUAGAAGAAGAAGGGGAGGAAGGAGAAGAAGAACCAGAGGAAGAACUAGAUCGCGCGCUAAUCUCGACGAGAUAGAAACCGAGGCGAUGGUUCCGGAAUCAAAGGAUAACACUUCCAAAGACGAUGCCCCGCGUAAAAGCGAAACGUCCAUAUCCGAACAUUCGGGCGAAAUGCCUUUGCAAGAUUUUCUUCAAGAUUCUCCUCAAGAUUCUCAGUCCUCCGAGUACGUCCGAUGAUGUCUAAAGUUCAGGGAAGGGUAAAGCUUCUUUCAGGAGAUCAAUGUGAAAAUAUGUGUAAAUAUUGUAAAUCAAUGAGCGAAUUAUUCCUUCGUUUAUUCGUAUUUUUAUGCACAAAGUAUUUUACACAUUUAAUUGAAUCUCUUACACAGGUAUACAAUUUUUUUUUUUUUUUAAAUUACAAUGUCUAAGACUACACUGUCUUAUACUAUAAUAACUCUACAUAACUUUUGAGACCUCAUGUAUUUAUACAUAUACUUUUACUUUAAUAUCUUUUAUAUUGCAUAUUAAUUAUUAUAAUUGCCUUAUGUAACGUGUGUGUAAUUAAUUUUUAAUUCUUCAUAAACGCAACGCGUUAGAAUGGAAAAUAGACGCGACUUUGAGAUGAGAGAAAGAGACAGAGGGGGAGAUUGGCCGAAAUUACGCUGCCCGUCACAUGGCAUUGAAACUCGAGCCCCCUGAGAAACGACGCGGGGGCCCGCGGCGUCUGUCGACAGACCUGAACACGGCCUUGUUGGCUAAUGAUAGUCGCGCUAAUGACGAGUCUGCACACGCAUGUACGCGCGCACCGCGUGACUAUUUCGCCUAGCAACUCUACGACUAGACGCAAGAUGCAUUGCGACGGUAUUUCGCAUUGCCAGCUAUGAAUGAUAGGUGCGUGUCCGACAUCUGCACAUCUCGAAACGCGGGCGAACGAUAGUAUUUUAGAGACAGAAAGUCCUUUCGACGAAAAAUUGUUGAUAUUUUCUUUUCCGGGAAUAGUCAUUUUCUCAUGUCGAUUAUUUAAAUUCAAUUGUAAACGAUUCUAACAUGAUAAUUUGAAUCUUUUCACUAAUUUCAAAUUACGCUCACUUUUUUAUAUCUGAUAAAAGCAAAAUUGAAUAUUUAAUCUAUAUAUUUAAAAAAAUUACAUAUAUGCUGGAAAUAUUCAUCUUAUUUAUCGCGUGUUGAACAGGAAGAUUGUUUAACAUUAUUAUCAUAUCGAACAAUUAUACUUUAUUCAAGAGAACUUACGUUCAAUGAACCUGCGUUUAAACAAUCGAGCGACCGAAAGAUGAUAAUCUAUAAACAUUACGUUUAUACGUAAUAUUGGAUAAUUAUGUAUAAUUAAUAAGAAUUAAUCCGAAGUUUAUUUCCAGCCUGUCGUAUACUUACAUCAACUUCGGCACGGAAGUCUUAUCUCGUUACUGAAGCUUCGCAGUGUGCAGCUUCGCAUAAUUGUGUGAUUUAUAUAUAAUUAUAUUUUAAUCUUUUCUUCGUAUAUUAUUGACUGAUUAACCCAACUGACUAACAGACGAUGACUAAUGCAAACAAUGGUUCUUGCGAUGAUGGAUUGUUGC